AUGUCAGGUACUCCUACGUCUGGUUUACUGGACGAUAUUGUCCGAGACUCCAGACUCGAGACGUACUACGAAUGGCCUCUCACCAUCCACUUGCGUAACGACCCUCACACACGACCUCUGACUCAGAAGCAGAAAGAAAGUUGGAAAAAGGUGCGCACGUUGGGAUAUGGUGGUCAGGGACAGGUCGUGCUCGAGAAGUGCGUCGAAGGCAAGCCAGCUGUGACUGAGCGCGCGGUGAAAAAGAUUCGACUUCAGACCGAUGAUUCGAGACGGCGGUAUGAGGAAGAGCUGGCGACAAUCCUCAAAUUCUCUCACGACAAUUACUCUCAAUACUUUGUCAAAUCAUUAGGAUGGUAUGCAAGAAAGGAGAAACUGUAUCUAGCAAUGGAAUACCUUCCUGCUGGAGAUCUCUUCCACUACGUUUGUGAAUACGAACGGUUAGUCGAAGAUGAUUGUCGAGAGAUAGUGAGUCAGCUUGUGUCGGGACUGGCUCUCAUGCAUGCAGAGGGGUUCGCCCAUCGCGAUGUCAAUCCAAAGAAUAUCUUGAUCAACAGGCAUCCACAGGGUGACAACCCAGGCUCUUGGUGGGUAAAACUCGCCGACUUUGGUAUCAGCAAGAGGCUCGGCACAGACACAAAUGCAACCACCUACAUACCUGGCACCCGGCUGUACAUGGCACCUGAGCUUAUCGACCGAGAUUCUAUCAACCCUCCUAGGAAUGACUACUUAAAAGCGGACGUGUGGUCCUUAGGAAUCACUGCUUUCUUUAUCCUGACCAAGAACAUCCCUUUCCAUAACCCAUCCUCUAUACAAGGGUAUGGGAGAAACCCGGCUGUGUCUUUUCCUUACGGUCUCUUGGAUCAUCACCAGGUUAGUGAGGCUGGACAAGCCUUUAUCCGGGAGGUAACAAAGCCUUUCCCGAACGAGAGAAUAGGUGCAGAAGAAGCGAGACAUCUUGAGUGGAUUAGAGAUUUCCUACCAGAAAUUCCAAUACUGGGAACGAACAGCCGAUCCUCAACAGUAUCGUCUACACGCACUUCUAUCGACAGUCAGAAAUGGCUCACCGCCGAAAUUGCAACGCUGGCUUCCCAGCCGACAUCGCGCGGGAUGAAUAAUGAGAACCACCCAGCUUGGAUGCCGCCACAGUUUGGAGCCCCAUCGAGGAGUAAUAGUGAGGCAGUUACCUUACACGAAAGCCUGAUCGGUCGCCAAAGUGAAUCACAGCCGUCGAUACGAGGCGUGGUUUCGUACGAAGAUCUAGUUUACGCCCUUCUUACCAGGAAUGUUGAAGCAGCCAAGACUAUCAUAAACAGCAAUUUCAACACCUUCAUGCAAUCCGGUUGGACGCCAUUGCACCUCUCCGUCGCUUACAAUAAUGUACAGGUAGCAGAAUAUCUAAUCGAUAAUGGCGCAAAUAUCCACGUGACUAGAGACAAUGGGAAUACACCUCUACAUGUAUCCGCAUGUAAUGGCCACGAGGCUGUGACGAGGCAUCUUCUCAAAAACGGCGCAAAUAUCGAAGCAAAGACAGAUUUAGGUUACACGCCUCUCCACCUAGCUGCGCAUAAAGGUCAUCACGCGGUGGCAAAGGUCCUCCUUGAGAGCGGAGCGGACAUCGAAGCAGAAGACAAAUGGGGCCGAACAUCACUGGUGUUGGCAGUUGGGAAGGGCUUCACGCCCGUGGUUAAACUCCUGUUGGGAGAGGGGGCUGGAACUGAAGUCCGAAAUGAGGAUCACGAGACGUCGUUGAUCCUGGCAGUGAAGGAGGGCCGUGAUGGUAUGGUGAAGCUGCUGCUUGAGAAAAAGGCUGAUAUUGAGGCGACGGAUAGACAAGGCAGGACGCCCUUGAUGAUAGCUGCGCAGAAGAAGCACAAGGCUUUGGUCAAGCUUUUGGUGCAGAACAGGGCCAAAAAGGGCAUGUCUUAUUACCUUAAUCGUUUUGGUGACCUAGUAUAG